AUCUUAUUUCUAGGGUAGUAAAACAGAUUGUUAAUGAUAGUUAUGAUUCAAGGGUACUCUUCUUUCGGAAGAUGAAAAGAAGAGCUAUCUACGUGCUGCAUUGACAAGGAUCUUUCUGGAUGAUACAAGCGUUGCUAUCAAAGCCACAACUUAUGCUCUUUUAUCUUCGGCAGCUCAGUGGUUAGAUUGGAUGCGUGAAAAGAACGAUCCAUUUUUCGUGAUUCUCUCAGUUGCUAUUACCUCGACUCAGACCGACGGAAAAAUACUACUUUGGGCAUGGUUCCAACAGUUUCCUGAAGAACUGCAAGUGCAAGAUGUAUCUCCUUCGAACCUUAAGAAAACAUUUGAUGAACUUUUGAAACGUUUGGAUGAGUCAGCCGCAGAAAGAGGCUCUCACGUAACAGGUGCAGAUGCUUCCAAGCAGCCCUUGCAGCCUACCCAGGAAGAGGCAGGUCUAAUCAAUAUGGCCAGCUCUUACUUUUUACCUGGUAGUGGGGCUGUUGUUGUCACCAGAACGGUUGUGGAUGAUAUGUUGAAAGAUUGUGUCAGCCGCAUCAAGAUAGCAUUAAAUCCUCGUGCUACGGAUGGUGAAAAAGAAUGGACGAGAGCAUUCAUCGUCAACAAUCGAUUGAGAGUUUGCAUCAAUUUGGCGUUAAAAGCUAUUGAUUCUAGAGAAAAUACAGCUCUCUGUCGCGAGUUCUGCGCCUUGCUUCAAAAUGAUAUUCCUAUGGUUCGAGAAAUUUAUGAACGAUACUUUAUAGAACUUUCGUUUUUGAACAGCCAUGAUAAAGCUCAUACAGUAGCAUAA